AUUUUUUCCAGUAAAUGAAAUGGGAAAGAAUAUUCCUCCAGGCACUGUUGUUGAUUCAGGAAUUACACAUCCUAUUGAGAGAGAUUUCUACUUGUGUUCUCAUCACGGUAUUAAAGGUACAAGCAGACCAGCCCAUUACCAUGUGUUGUGGGAUGACAAUAAUCUGACCAUGGAUCAGUUACAAGAAUUUACAUAUAAUAUGUGCCAUGUGUACUCAAGAUGUAGCAAGUCUGUAUCUUUGCCAGCACCAGUUGCUUAUGCACAUUUAGCUGCUUUUCGCGCCAAGGUUCAUGCUACGGAGGCAAAUAUGCAAGAGAGUGAGUUAGACAAUAUCAAGAUGAAUAGAGAGAAGGAAUUAUCCAGUAAACUUUAUUAUAUAUAGGAAAUUUAUUUGUUUCAUUUUUUUUUACUGUGAUUUUUAAGAGGAUACCCUUUCAAUGAUUAAUGAAUGUUUUCAAGCAAAACAAACGGAUUUGUAUUUUUUAUUCUUUUGGAACAUAUUCAUCUUAAACUGUUCAAGGAUCAACUUUUUUAUAAAUAGAUAUGCGCAGAAACGAGAAACUCAUGAUAGGCUUAAAUGAUUGAUAUUCUUUUCUUUAUUUAGUACUAUUUUGUAAUAUUAGUGAUUAGGCAAAAUAUAAAAAGAAAAUGGAAGCGUGA